AUGGGAUUUUGUUCCUCUGCCUCUGCCGACGAUGCGUUUCAAUCAGGGCAUCAACAGCACGCACCCAUGUGGGUUGUGAGAGUUGGGCAUGUUCUUGAGAUGACUGGGCGAUUGCCACCACACCAAUCUUUGAAGGCUAAAGGUCUUCUUAGCCAGUGGAGUCCAGAGAUGUUUGUGAUCUUCGUCUCGCAUCAAUGGCUGGGUCGCCAGCACCCCGAUCCAAUGGGAGAGCAAUUGCUGGUGCUUCAGGGUGUUUUGAAGAACAUCAUCUCGAGGAAGCUGAAGAUCGAAAGCGACAUUGUCUCGCAAUACUACGGGCGCAGACCCACCAAAGGAGAGCUCCGUCGGACGGCUAAAGCGCAUGUGUGGCUGGACUACUUUUCAGUGCCUCAAUUAGUGGAUGGACAUGAGCCUGGAGUGCCAGAAGAACAACUACUUCAUGUUCGCAGCAUUCCCAGCUAUGUGGACUGUUGCAACAUCUUCUUGGCUUUAGUUCCUGAUGCCACGCACUCCGAGACACUCUCCCAAUGCAACUUUCACAGUUGGCUCGAACGAGGUUGGUGUCGCACAGAGCUCUGGUCCUAUUCCCUGUCGGCCAGAUCGAAGAUCCCAAUAGUGGUGGUCAAGAGUCAAGACGUGGCACAGUUCGCAGCACCUCUGUGGCACCGCUACCCCGUGCACCUGGGUGACUUUGCCGUGGAGAAGGACCGCGCCUCGUGUAGCACUGUGAUUCAGACCGCUCUGACGGAGCACUUGGGUGAGCUGAGCCAGGUCAAGAACAAGACGGCCUACCGCUUGUACCGUUCACUCUUUGAAGAGAUGACUGGUCUUGCCAGGAAGCAGCGGAGCUUGGAGGAGUUCCUUUCGGAUUUUUCCUUCUCCAAUCAUUUGCACCGACACAAAGGCCUUGGUCCCAUCGCCUGCGCUGCUCUUUCAGGAGAUCAUGUGCUGGUUCACACUCUUGCUGUUGCCAAAGCCUCGCUCCAGACCUCUGCACCAGCGUUGCCGCAGACGCUGAAUGCCUCAGGUUAUUCACCCUUGCAUUUGGCUGUUUGGUUCAGGAGCCACGACCUGCGCAUGUUGGAAACCCUCUUGAAGUUGCGGGCGGACCCCAGCAGCUCCAGCCUCACGGCGCUCCCACCGCUGGGUCUGUGUAGCACAGUGGAGGCGCUGGAGCUCCUCGUGCGUCAUGGUGCUGGGAUUAAUGAUCAGGGAAAGCAUCUCACGCAAUACUGUCCUCUCCACGUCGCCGCCUCCUUUGGGGCUCCGUGCCAAGUGCUUGCACGGAUGGUGGAGCUCAAAGCGGACGUGCUGGGCGGACGAGGAGGACUUGCAAGUGCGUCACCGUUGCAUCCCCUGGCAUUUUCGGGUGACUCCAACAACAAUUUGUUGUCAGCACAACUGUUGCUGCAGAGCAGGGCAGACAUGAAUCAAGUCUGCCAGCCUGAGGGCAUUUCCAGGAGUGUUGAGCUGAUUCUCAGGGCCUACAACCGCUGUUGUAGGGGUGAGCCUAACGCUCUGCUGAGAUUUGUCACCAACAACAGCACCACUCCUGUGGGUUGGUCGGUCAUCUUUGACAACGAGGGCCUCCUGACGCUCCUCCUCGCGGCGCGCGCGGAUCCGGAGCUCCGCAACCACCGGGGUUUGCGGCCCAUAGACUUCGCCCGGUCGGAGCGCAUGCGCGCGAUUCUGCGAGAUCCACAGCCGCAUGUGUACCUCUUGGAACACCACUCCGAGCUCAUUAGCCGACAUGUGUGA